AUGGCUUCCAGUAGCAAAGAAAAUUUUCAAAGUCUCAAGGAGAGGCUCUCAGCUUACAGGCAACAGAAACAGAACAGAAAAGAGACAGAGAAGGAAACCAGUGAAGCCUCAAAGACCCAAACUGAGCAAUAUCUCACUGACCCCAUUCUAAAGACUGAUGAUGAUGAUGCUAACACAAACCGCCCCAUCACCAUCUCAAGGACAAAGAAAACUGAAACCAACUCACCAAUACCUUCACCAGCAGCACCAGAGACUCAGCAAGCACAGACUAAAACCAGCUCCUCUUCCAACAGUUGGCUGGUGGUUGGCCUCAAGACAUUACUCUGGUUACUUUUACUUGGGUUCUUCAUAGAAAUUGAGUUUGGGGUUGCUUUUUUCAUAAGCUCCCUCUUCUACUGGAUGUACAGCUUCCUUCGAGGGAGCAAGAGAGACCCAAAGGAGUUGAGUGCCUACUCUGUCUUUAACAAGAACUGUGAGAGGAUUGAUGGGACGUUAGCGGCUGAACAGUUUGACCAAGAGUUGAGAUAUGGGCCCACUGCAGUGCGGAGAUGA